UACGGUAAGUAUUUAUUAGGGUAAUAAUAAAACAUAAACAACUGUGUAGUUAUUUUUGGUUGUCUGUAGAUGUCUCUAUUGUCUGAGUAGCUGUUAGUGGCUAUGUGUGGAUGUCUGUGUACUGUCUAUAUGCAUCUGUAAGUUUUUGUUUAUGUCUUCAUGUUAAAUACUUACCGUACAGUACCGAUGUUAAUGAAUCAUCCUGCAUUAUUAUAGAAACGAGAGAAGAAGUCAAGAAUUUUUUAAAAAAGAGUAUCAUUUUUUUCUUUUCUGCUCGAUAAAAAAUAUUGUGUGCUUUGUCAUUGGUGGACGAUACCGAACGGCCACUUUAUCGUUCAGGUGAUUUCCCGGACCACUAUCGAAGUAAACAGUUAAAUUGGAAAAAGUGACAUUAUAUGUCGUCAGAUAUGUGUGAAAGACUUCUAAUUAAUAUUCAACUACGGUCAAAGACAACUCAUAGCAGUCCACUGAUGGGUUUAAAACUACCUGAGUUAUAACUAAUUUAAAUUUUAGUCAGAAGUUUACAAUAGUUAUAAUUAUGAACCACAGUUAUAGCUAUUAACUCGCGUUGAUUGAUAUAAUUGCAGUUGAGAGAGUUAUAACUAUUUCAACUUUAGUUAUAACGGUGACAUAGUACAAAUUGAAAUGCGUUUUCAUAAUUUUAUUUUAGGUUAGUAGUCAUUACUAAAACUGACACAGUUAUAACUGGAGCUGAAAUGGUUAUCACUUUACCCAUUAGCAGUUGUAACUCAUUCAGCCCCAGUUACAUCGAUCAAUCCAAGUUCAUAGUUAUAACUAGGACUUCAAUUGUAUCAACCUUUUUAGAAAUUUUCUCAAUUUUUAACUUUCAAAGAACAGUUUUAAACCCAUCAGUGCAGCAAUCGCACUAAUCACAAGAGAAUAAAUCAAAGUAAACUACUGCACUUUCUGUCAACGAAGCAAUAAUACUCUAUGAAUACGGUAAAUAAUCCCAAUUUUAUUUUAGUUGAACAGUUCUGUGUCACUUUCAACAACAUCAUUUGUAUGUAGUAAGGUCAGAAUUCGAAAGCUGGAUUAAACUUAAAACUCUGUGCAUGAGAUCAGAAGAUGAACAUAUUUUUAUCGCUCGGUAGACCAUUGAGCUAAUGGCACUCACUUUGUAUGAGCGUUGGGCGAAAGGGUCCGAUUUUGUCAAGAGUUCUGUAUACAUGAUUUUUCUGUUAAUUAUGGUAGAAAAAGAUAUUGUUAAAUGAAGUGUAAGAGUAAUUUUUAUAUCAAGAAACGAAAUUAAAUCAUUAACGUCUUCUUCAAGGGUAAAUUGUAUAUCAGUAUCAAAACUAUUCAGAAUAUCAAGGAUUUUGUUUACGCAUAGGCGUCUUUUCUAAGAAGAGUAAACAUAUCAUAGAUAAAACGCUUCCAAUACAAUACGCCAUUUAUUCGCAGUCUAAAGAUUAAUUUUGAUUCAACGUAGUUCACAUAGACGUCCGCAACAAAGGUUCUAAAGGUGACCUCAUGGCUACACUGUAAAGGAGAAAAUUAUUUAUAGAAAAUGCUCGGCGAAUUUCAAAGAAUCCAUAUAUAAAUUCCUCGAGCAUUUUCUAGUUUAUAGAAAAUAGAAAUUUCCAGUUUAUAGAAAUUCCUCCUCGAAUUUCCAGUUUCUUGGAAAUUCGUUGUCGAAUUUCUAUACUAAUUCCCAAGAAUCUAGAAAUUCGGGGAAUUAUUUAUAGAAAUUCGAAGAGGAAUUUCCAUUAAUAAUUCACAUGAAAACUGAAAAUUCGAGAAGGAAUUUCUAGAGACUUUUUAAAUAACUCCAAAGAAUCUUUGCAAUUGUCGUGAUAUCGACAGAGAGAAACCACCACAGUCCUUGCUUUUCAUUAUUUGUAUUUUAAUAACACAUUUAUUGUCUCUACAUUAAAAAAGAAUUAACGAAAACAGCACGCCUACUCUGCGAAAGAAAACAGAAAAUAAUGACUUUUUAUUUGUAAAAAUAACAACAGAAAACGAGAACCGGUAAAAAUGUUGUUUAUGUAAUUAAAUCAAUUAAUUCAUUGGAAGAUACUAAAUAGAGAUAAAAGACGAAACGAUUAGUGGCAUAAGAGAGUAUUUCAUGUGCUUCUUUGAUCCGUGGUAUGUGCUCUCCGAAAGUGUAAGAUAAAAGAAUGAGAGUCUUUCACAAAAUAGCAUAUAAUUGAGCUCCCCUCACCCAUCAGCUCACGAGCUAAUAUAAAGUCUAAAUGACAUUAUAUUGAAGACAAUACCUACAAAAGUUCAAUGCCUAUAUAUAGGUCACCCGUAACCAAAGGGUUAAUGUCUUUGAUAUUGAUGCGUGAUCAUCUGGUGAAAAUUUACUUCUUGCAGCAGGUUCUUUAAAGCUAUAUUGUAACACAGCGUCAUAUUUGAAUUUCCGUUUGUAGACGUAACAGACAAUAGCCAAUGUUUUAGCCGUUGUAUGAAUAUGAGUAACUGGCAGUUUUUUCAAUUAUUUUCAGCGCUCUUAGUAAAUAAUCUUCUGCUUUUUUGUGUAUUUCUGCGUUAUCUAUGCUUGUAGAUAUUGCAUCAAAGAUUUAUCGUACCAUCGUGAAUUUUCGUACAAAUUUGCAAUAUUUCGUAAUGUCUUGCCGGUAGCUAGGUGUUUUUCAGGUAAUGUUUUCUCUCUGAUGUCGAGUGCUUGUGUAAGAUAAUCUAAAGCGAUAUCAAAUUUCUAGCAUACACUGCCAAUGUUAGUCAAAGUGUCAGCAGUUUCUCUAUUGUAUGUAUUAGGAAAUUGUUUCAUUACAUCAAAAGCUCGUUCAAAAUAUUCUAAAGCUCGAUCUGAUAACGAAUGGCAAAAUAGACGAUUUCUUUAAAAUUUAUUUUACAAAUGAUACACGAAGUUCGAUAGAUGAUAAAACAAGAAACUGGAAAUAACAUUUUAUAAUUAAUCAUUCAAAACAUAUUAUUUGUUUGUUAGUUUAUGUUCUUAUUCAAAUAGGUAUACUGAUAUGGAUUAUUGUUCGUCCAUAUACGAUGAUUUAUGUUGUACACCAACAAAAUAUGAAUCCAUCAAUUGUAACAGCUAAAAUAUCUGCAAUAUUAUUAUCAUUCAAUGCUAUAUUGAUGAUUAUUUUAAUGUUAAAACGAACAAUAACAUUAGUUAGAAGUUCAUAUUUACGUUAUGUAUUACCAGUUGGUUACCAUAUUGAUUUCCAUCGCUGGAUUGGAAGAUAUAUACUUGUUCUAGCAUUCAUACAUGCACUAUCCCACAUGAUUGAUUUUGCAAUUAUAAAAACACGUAUGUGUUUUCUGUUUUAA